CGUGGGCGGGGUCACAGGCGAGGCCCCUCGGGCCGCUGGGAGCGGAGUCGUCCGAGCUCCCGGCGAGCGGGCGGAGAGCUGGGGGCCGGGCCGAGGAGUGCGGGCUUAGCCGCAGGCCUCCUCUGCCCUUGUCAGCAGUUGUUGGAUUUGGGACUACGGCUCCUGGUCGCUUUGGGCCUCGGGGCCGCGGUACAAGGGGGAUGACUUGAUGGAGUAUCUAGCUUUUUGUAAUCAGCAGAGGCGUCUGCUGUGUACCUGCCACCUUCUGAGGGAAAGUGGAUGGAUGACUGCUGUGGUUUUACACUAAUGUCAUGUGGCCAGUGUUUUGGACCGUGGUGCGUACCUAUGCUCCCUAUGUCACAUUCCCUGUGGCCUUUGUGGUUGGGGCUGUGGGCUACCACCUGGAAUGGUUCAUCCGGGGAAAGGAUCCCCAGCCUGUGGAGGAGGAAAAGAGCAUCUCAGAGCGCCGGGAGGAUCGGAAGCUGGAUGAGCUGCUAGGCAAAGACCAUACCCAGGUGGUGAGCCUUAAGGACAAGCUGGAAUUUGCCCCUAAAGCUGUCCUGAACAGAAACCGACCGGAGAAGAAUUAAUGGAGGACACAGGGCCCUAUGGCCCUACUGUGGGCUGUGACUGGUCCUGGCACCAUGUCGACUCAGCUGCAGAACCCACAUCUGAUGUGCUUUGUUGCUUAUUCUGGCCCAUCCCCCUCCACACAGCUACAUACAUACUGGCUGCUUCUUGAUGGCCAGGCAGACACAGCAGCAGCUGAGGGGCCAAUGAAGAGGAAGGCUCUUGAGGGUUCUGGCCAGAGGCUGCAUCUGUUGCAUGGUGGCCACAAUUGCUCGGGCAUCCCAAUUUAUGGGCAUACUUCCAGGAGGAGUGUUAUGAAAUGAACAUUGGUUGCCAGUCUCCAUGGAGAGGCAUUUUGACCUCAAGUGGGAAUGGCUGGGAUUGGGUGUUGCUUUUCAGAGGGAUAUGUAUGUGUCCAGUUUCAUUUUGCACUGGGAAGAAUUCAGAAAUCUACGUGGCUCCCUUCAUGAGUUCGGAGUUCGCCCUAUCCUUUGUGCUCAUUCUUCCUGAAAUUCUGUCUUGUCAGCUCAGGAAUGGGAUUCCCUGGGGAAGGAAAGCAUUUCUCUGUUCUGGGAAGCCCAGGCUGCUCACUGGGGCAGGGAGAAACAUGUGCCUGGUGAAUUUGCUUGAAAACAAUCACCAUCUUCCACCUCCCAUCACUGUAUAAUGCAGAACUUGAUUAAAGAUGUGUCUGAGAACCGUA